UGUGAACGUCAAGAAAUGGGUGCGUUAAUCAGAUGUGCGAUUGUUUUGUUAACAGUCGCCACUAUGGUCAAUUUUAGGGUCUUGACCAGAGCGAUGUCUACCGUAGCGAAGUCCUUCGAGGCCAGCCAAGUGGUGCCUGAUGUUAUACCAAAAGCGCCGGCCGCUUUAUUGCAGGUGAAAUACCCAAGCGGAGUCGAAGUUAAAGAAGGUAAUGAGCUGACUCCAACUCAGGUGAAAGACGAGCCUUCAGUGAAAUGGGACGCGGAGCCAGGACAGUACUACACUCUGGCCAUGACCGACCCUGAUGCGCCGUCCCGUAAAGAACCCACAUUUCGCGAAUGGCACCACUGGCUGGUUGGCAACAUCCAGGGCAACGAGGUAAACUCCGGCGAAACUUUGUCCCAGUACGUGGGCUCUGGACCUCCGGAAAAGACAGGCCUGCACAGAUACGUGUUCCUCUUGUACAAACAACCAUCGAAGCUCACAUUCGACGAGCCGAGACUCACUAACACUUCGAGCGACAAACGUGCCAAUUUCAAAAUUGCCGAGUUCGCCAAGAAGUACAACCUAGGGGAUCCGAUUGCGGGCAACUUCUACGAAGCGCAGUAUGACGACUACGUCCCUAUUCUGUACAAGCAGCUCGGUGCUUAAAUACGCAUUUUUAUGUGUCGAUACGAUACGACAGGGACUCUUACUAAAAUCCUUUAUAGUACUUUCUAGGAUAGCUGUUUUCAAAGAUUCAAUAGACCAAGGGAACGUUUAUAUACUUUCUUAUCUAUUUAUAUAAAAAUGAAUUGCUGUUCGUUAGUCUCGCUAAAACUCGAGAACGGCUGGACCGAUUUGGCAAAUUUUGGUCUUGAAUUAUUUGUGGAAGUCCAGAGAAGGUUUAAAAUGUAGAUAAAUAUGAAAAUGCUCGGAAUUAAAUAAAAACAAUAAUUUUGUUUUUCUUUUGAUGUGUCCCCCGUCGGACGGAUUCCUUUUGAUUGUUUUAAGUUUAUUUUAUACAAAAGUAUAGGUUUUUUACUUAUCAAUUGAGGCACUACGAUGUCUGCCGGGUCAGCUAGUAUUUUAUACGUUAAUUUUCAAACUGUUACAAAUAAUUUUUCAUUUGGCAACACUGUGUUGUGUAGGAUCACAUUACUAUAACUGAUAGCUAUUAAAGUAUUUCUUAGAUGCAUGUAAAUCCGUGUCGUAUCGUACCAAACAAAAACAAUUCAGCGUCAUUUAUAACUUUCGUUAUAGAAAUAGAGACUAAAACGUUGGAUUCGAUGACCAGUUUUGCAUUGUAUUAGAUUUAAGCGAAAUAAAAGUGUUUGCAGAUUUCUAGAAAUUAUAAUAAUAUGAAUAAUAAA